AUGGAUAAAAUGACUAGUCAACACCACUACAUGCCGGCCGACAGUAACUGUAGCUGCCGUGUUGGUGAAAUAGAACAUAUCAGUCAUUUGUCUGAACACAUUGGGUCUCUGUGCCUAUCAUCAGAGUACUCAGAUGUGACUUUGAUAGUGGAGGGGCAAAGGAUUCCUGCACAUAAAGUGAUCUUGGCAGCAAGCAGUGACUAUUUUAGGGCUCUGCUUUAUGGAGGAAUGAGGGAGUCCAGUCAAUCUGAAGUGGAGUUGCAGGCACCACUCCAAGCAUUCAAGGCUCUCCUAAGAUAUGUCUAUUCAGGCCACAUGGGACUUUCGUUGCUGCGCGAAGACACAGUACUCGAUAUGUUGGGGCUAGCACACCAGUUUAACUUCCAGAAGUUGGAAGCAGCUAUAUCUGAUUACCUGCGACAAGUGUUGGCCCUGCGAAAUGUCUGUGCCGUUUUGGAUGCUGCUCGGCUCUACAGACUAGAUGCCUUGAUGGAUUACUGCUUCAACUUUCUGGAUAGGAAUGCCACUGAAGUUUUGCAACAUGACACUUUUCUACAAUUAUCAAUUGAAGCUUUACAAGGCCUCUUGCAGAGAGACUCGUUUUUUGCUCCGGAAGUGGACAUCUUCAAGGCAGUGUGUAGCUGGUUCAAUGCCAACCAGCAGUGGGUCAAAUCGGACAGUGGCAUUGCGCAUGUGGAGAAGAUCUUGAAAUGCGUUCGACUGACUCUAAUGAGUCUGGAAGAACUUCUGACUGUAGUGCGGCCCUUCACCCUUGUGACGCCGGACAUGUUGCUGGACGCCAUACAGGAGAAGACGCAGACCAGCACCACGGAUCUGCCCCAUCGUGGACUUUUAUUGCCCGAAGAGAACGUGGCGACCACCAAGCGGGGCGCGCGGGUGAUAACGGGCGACAUGCGAUCGGCGCUACUCGACGGGGACACGGACAACUACGACAUGGAGAGAGGGUACACCCGGCACACCAUAUCCGACGCCCCGGACAAUCCCGGCAUCAUCGUCCGCUUGGCUACGACGACCAUUAUCAACCACGUGCGACUGCUCUUGUGGGACAGGGACAAUCGGUCUUACGCGUACUUCGUCGAAGUUUCGGUGGACCAGAAGGACUGGGUCCGCGUGAUCGACCACAGCAACUACUUCUGCCGUUCUUGGCAGAACCUCUACUUCGGGCCCAGAGUGGUGCAGUUCAUCAAGAUCGUCGGCACCAGCAAUACUGUCAAUAAGGUGUUCCACGCGGUUUCUAUGGAAGCGAUGCACACGACGCGAGUUCCGCCCCUCAGCGACGGCCUCAUCGAGCCCUUGCACAACGUGGCCACCGUGGAACUGUCCGCCGUCGUCAUCGAAGGGAUCAGCCGUUCCCGCAACGCCCUCCUGAACGGCGACACCGAGCACUACGAUUGGGAGCAGGGCUACACGUGCCACCAGCUGGGAUCCGGCGCCAUCGUGGUCCAGCUGGCGCAGCCCUAUCUCCUCUCGUCUAUCCGCAUGCUCCUGUGGGACUGCGACUACCGCCACUACUCGUACUACGUGGAGGUCUCGCUCAACUAUUGGCAUUGGGACAUGGUCGCCGAUCGCACGAGGGAUACUUGCAGAUCGUGGCAGGUGAUCUACUUCACUCCGCGGCCCGUGUCCAUAAUACGCAUCGUCGGCACCAACAACUCCGUCAAUGAAGUGUUCCACCUGGUGCACCUGGAGUGCCCGGCUCAGGUCGACCGCGAGGACCCCGCGGCGAAGAAGCAGCGACCCGACGACGCCCGCCCCGCGCCAGUCGGUCAAGCCAACGCUGCCGAGACCCGCGACAGCCCCUCUCCUCCGGCGGCGGGCAGUCCUCCUCCGGAGGCCGGCACCUCGCGUAGGGCCCUGCCGCCCGCCGAGACGGCCACCGAGGCGGAAGAGAGGUACGAUGCGUUGGAUUAA